AUGGGCCUCAGGACUCCACUCCAUGCCAGAACCAAAAGGUCCAUCAAAGCCGCUGAUGUAGCUAUGAAAGAAUGCUCAAAGGUGCUCCAAAUCCGGUCUUCUACUGUAGCUGUAUCAGACUCAGGUGAUAUCAUUAUCGAGCGCAGCCCAGUCUUAUCAACCAGUAGCUUACAACUAAGAAAGCAUUUAAAUUUGAUAGAUUCACUACUAGGAGAAGCGAAGACUGGAUCGCAAACUUCUCCAGGGAACUGUUUCAAUUGUUGCAGACUCCUAAAUAACUCCGGGCCAAAAUAUGGAUUUGCAUGUUGUUCCCAUUUCUACUUUUGCAGUCUCGACUGCAAAAAUCUCGCUAAACAGUAUUACCACGAUGCAUUAUGUGGCACCAAUAUACUCCCCAUCUAUACGUUCUCGAAAAAUAAAAAAGUGUUACCGACAUGCAAACAAGGAGGUGGACAUCCGCUUCAACACCCUCUUAUAGCCAAUCGAAGUAGUCACGAGGCAGCUGCACAGGAUCCCUGGUCCUGA